AUGUCAGAAAUUAGUAUACCGCGUUCAAUGACUCAUACUGAUGAAGCUUCAUCACAUGAACAACAAGAUCAAAUUGUAUUUGAAAAUGUUGCUGAUCAAUAUGUCAAAGGUGAUGAUGUUACAGUACAUUUUAUUAUUUCAAACAAUAUUAUGAUUGAUCUAAGUGAUGAUUAUAUUGGUUUAUUACGUAUCGGUUGUACACAUAUGGAAGAAUGUUUAGCUUAUGCACCGGUACAAUUUAUUUCAUCGACAGCAUCGGAAACAACUCGUCAUGGUACAGCUGUAUUUCCGUCAACAUCCUUACCAACAACAGAGGAUGAAUUUUAUCAAUUUUCGUAUCUUAAAAAUAAACGAAAAUGUCUUGCGUCAUCAAUACCAUUUCAAUUAAAUUGUUCAAUUGAUGAUAUUGAUUUAUUAUCAAGUACAAUAUGUCAAGCAUUAUUAGAAAAAAAGCCAAUGAAACAUAUUAAUGAUGGUCUUAUAACAUUUGCUGAUCAAGAUAAUGAUGAUCUUGUUGUUGUACAUACAACAGGAAUGUUAAUUGAAGAAAAAUUACGUCAAGAAAAUCAACAAUUAUUAGAAAUUAAUCGACGUUUAGAACAACAAAAAGAUGAAUGUAAAGCAAAAUUCGAAUUAUUAGAUAUUAAAUCUAAUGAAUAUAUUAAUAAAGUUAAAAAUGAUAUGCAACUUCUUGCAACAACUCAUAAAGCAACUAUUGAUGAAUUAUCAACACGUCAACAUUUAGAAGCUAAAUUACGUGCAGAAUAUGAUACUUGUCAAGCUUUAUGCAGUCAAUAUCAAUCUGAAUCUUUACAUUUUGCUGAACGUUAUCGCACAUUUGAAGAUUCAAACGCACAAUUAUCUAAUGAAGUAACAAAAUUACGUUCACAAUUAUCUAUUUCAACACAAUUAACUAAUGAACAACUCGUACAAAUAAAAGAUUUUGAAAAACGUUUAGUACAAUCCAAUGAAUUAUUAAAAUCAGCUAAUCAAUAUAAAAAUCAAUUAGAACAACAAUUACGUGAUUUACGUUUAACAACAGAAAAAUAUCAAAUAUCUAUGCAAGCACAAAUUGAUGCUUAUACAAAACAAUCAUCACAACAAGAAAAUCAAAUAAAUGCAUUAGAAACAGCAAAUAGUUUAUUAAAAGACGAAUUAAAUUCACUUAAAGCUGAUAAUACAUUUUUAUUAACAAUGGCUAAUGAUGAUAAACAAUUAAUAAAAGAUUUACAAAAGAAAAUCAAUGAUUUAAAUGAACAACAUCAUAUACAAAAUGAACAAAAACAAAAUGAAUUAAAAACACUUCGCAAAGAAUUAGAAUAUUCAAAAGGAAAUUCAAAUGAUUUAAUAAUUUUGAAAAAUUCAUUUAAUGAAAUUGAAAAACGGUGUGUUAAACAUCAAAAAAGUGAAAUUGAAGUUAAAAAACAAUUAACAGCUUACAAAGAAUAUAUUGAUGAAUUACAAAAUAAAGUUCAAGAUUUAACAGAACGAUUAUCGGCUGGUGCUGAUGAAUAUAAAAUUCUCUAUCGUAAAUAUGCAGCACUUGAACGUAUGAUUGUAAAAGCAAAUAUACAAUGUCCACCUUUACCAAAAACAAAUCCAACAACAUUAUCAAAUGAAACUGGUCUUAAUGAAGAAGCAUUAGUUACUCUUCUUCGUAAUUCAUAUGAACUCCAACAACAAGACCGACGUCAAGAAGAAGAAGAAGAAAAAGAUGAAGAACAAGAGAUAGAUGACGAAGAAGAACAAAUAACAAUAGCAGCAGCAGCAGCAGCAGCAGCAGCAACAUCACAAACAUCGCCUACAAAUGAAGAAAUACGUGAAUGUCCAAUGUGUUAUUGGGAAUUCCCAAAACAUUUAACACUUGAAAACAAAAAAGAUCAUAUUGAAAAUCAUUUUAAUUAA